UCUCUUUCAUUUUUCACCCGUGACUGGAGCUACAAUGUCUGAACAAAAUGUAACAUCAAAGGCAGAAAUUCUUUUUCUUCACAAAUUAACAAUGAUAAAGGUGGUAGUGCUACRGUUGGAUUAAUUAAGAUUGAAGAGAAUUUGACAAAACAGAUGAAUAUUCUUUGAAGCCAUGUGACUGGGGAUGAGUCUGCUUAUUUUUUUGUUCCUCUUUUGGCGAAACGAAACGUUCCAACAAAUAGUAUAAAACCAAGAAAAGUAAAUAUGUUUCAAGUUUUUCUUUUCAUUUUGUUCAUCGCUGGAAACAGUGAAUUGGUCUGUAAGUCAUCAGAUCUAGAAAUUUCGUAUACCUUUUGUGAUUCUAUACUUCAGACCUUCAUAUUUAAUAUAACACCUUGCACCAUGGUGAAUAAACCCAUCUGGAAUGUUGUUCUUACCUGGAUUCCACGAAGUGACAUCAACUUUUUGAAGGUUGUCUUUAAAGUCUGGUUUGAUGGUGCCAGAGCAUUAGACUGGAAAGAAGUUCUUUGCAGCGGAGCUGAUGAUGAAUAUGCUGCUUGUGGAGCAUUGAAAGGAGAAACAUUUGCAACAACAUUUGAUAUUAAAGGUGCAAGAACGAUGUUUCCAAAGGGAAAAUAUACUGUUAUUCUGCAAGGAUUCUCUGAUGAUUCUGAGAAGAAUAUGCUCUUAUGUCUAAAUUUCACCAUGAUAGUAAAACAAGAAGCUCUCUGAAUGUGAGAAAGGUUACCAAUAAUUCCUGAACACAGAAAUCCCUUCUGCAAGCAGUCGGAACCUGAUCUAUGAAAUAAUAAGCACACUAAUUAUCCGGGGAUAGAAUACAGCAUGUACUGUAUGGAAGCCUACAUGAUGGAUAGUCUUAUCCAUUUAUAGCACUGCUGUAAUCAGAUGCUCAGCCAAUGUGCACAAAAUCUCUGGGAAUCAGGCCCGCUGAUUAAUCCUGCGAGUGAUUCUGGAUGGAUGUGGGAUUAAUAACUGCCUUUCUCUGCUGUGCCUACAGUUAUGAAAAAGCUGAGUAUUUCAGACUGCACUGAACUAUAACACAAGAAUUUUUGAAGUCACAAACUGCAAGAUUUAGGUGUUUUCCACUACUCAUUUUAAAACGUGACAGCACUUGAAUCCAGAGCCCUCGUUCUCCUAUUAACAGUCAACCUCAACUGUGCGUCCGACUCGUGAAACAUCUUUCAUGCUCCUGUUAUUUUCUGAUUGUCUUCAAAGGCUUCCUAAUCUUCUCCUCUGUUUUCACCACAGUGAAAGAAAACAAUAACAACGUGUUAUCUGUUAUUAUCUGAUUUACUAUCUGAUGUAAAUAAAAUCCAAUGU